AUGACUGUCCUCAGAGCUGCUCCUGAUUACUCCUCACUGCUCCUGUAUGGCUGUCCUCAGCUGCUCCUCAUUAAAAGGCUUGACUCAGACGUCAUCCUGAACGUCAGCUCCCCAUUGGUGCUGCAGUGCCGUGGUGAUGCCCUGGUCACCUGGCAACCCCGGCUGGCCAGACAUAAGAAGCACAUCGUUAAGGGCUACGCGAGAACCCAGACCCAGACAUUCCGAGUGCUACGAGCAGAGGCAGAACACACAGGAACAUACAAGUGUGUGUACACCAACACCAGCCUGAAGCACAUCUACUCCACCGUGCACGUGUAUGUGGGCGAGUCCUGUGUCCUGCCCUGUCUGAUCACCAACCCCACCCUGGCACCCAUCACACUGCGAUUGGCUAAUGGCUCGGCCCCGCCCCCUGACCUCAACUUCACCUCCGACCCCCACAAGGGCGUCAAGCUCCUUCAGCUGAGCCACACCCACACCGGUGACUACGUCUGCUCCGCCCACUCUGGAGAUCAACUAGAGAUCUUCUCCAGAACCUUCAGCAUCAACGUCAUCCCGAGGUUACAGGCUCCACCCUACGUGUUUCUGCAGCAGACUAAGUAUGUGCGCAUUGUGGGGGAGGAGCUAAAGAUCAGCUGCACCACCCACAACCCCAACUUUAACUACAACAUCACCUGGAUACACAACUCCUCACACGCGUUGCGUGUGGAGGAGGAUGUAAAAUCAAAGGGCAGUCAGCUGGACAUCGAGAGCAUCUACACCAUUCCUGAGGUAACGGCAGACGAUUCCGGAUAUAUCACCUGUGUGGGAACCAACGAAGCUGGAAUCAACAGCUCAUCCACACAUCUACAAGUGAUAGAUGAGGCGUACGUGAGGCUGCGUGUGGUGCUCCCCUCUGAGCUGGUUGGGGGUGGGGGGGUGUCAGAGGUGAGCGAGGGGGAGGAUGUUGAGGUGCAGCUGCUGAUUGAAGCCUACCCGGACCUCACCACACACACCUGGAUCUUGCCUUACAACUCCACCAACAAGGGACACAUCUACCGCCAUGGGCCCUACAGGUGGGAGGCCUCUCUGCUUCUCCGGCGUGUGAACUAUCAGGAGCAGGGCCUUUACACCUUCACUGCCCUCAGCCCCAAAGCCGAUGCAUCCAUCUCCUUCACUCUCCUCAUGUACCCCACCCCAGCACCACCUACCCCAACUAUACUUUAUCUGUGA